CUGCUCCCGUCCCGGGGCACGUGUGGCUCUGCACAGCCGGCCCCUGCAACCGGCCCCCAGAGCUGUGCGCCAGGGCCCGGCCCGGCCCGACCCCCAGUGCCCCUCUCCUGCCUCAGUGAUGUGCCACUGCCAGCGCCGGGGCGCCCAGCUGCUCCUGGGCAGAGAGGCUCAUCUGCACGUCUUUGAGCACGGAGGUGUUGCCCAGGUAGCCGGGGUCCACUCCCAAGCACUGCAGGACCUGCCAGACGGCACCUUGGACCUGGACGAGCUGGAGUCUGCCAUCCGUGAGGCCGCUGGCAGCCAGUACCACCCCCGCCCAGAGCUGGUCUGCCUGGAGAACACCCACAGCUCGGCGGGGGGCCGGGCGCUGCCCCUGGGCUACCUCAGGGAGGUGCGUCUGCUCACUGACCGCUACAGGCUGCGCAUACACAUGGACGGGGCACGGCUGGCCAAUGCAGCCGUGGCCCAGGGCGUGGCACCGGCCCAGAUUGCCCAGCAUUGUGACUCCGUCACCCUCUGCUUCUCCAAGGGCCUGGGCGCCCCGGCCGGCGCAGUGCUCGCAGGCCACCGGGAGCUGGUGGUGGAGGCCUGGCGCGCGCGGAAGCUGCUGGGGGGCGGCAUGCGCCAGGCAGGGGUGCUGGCCGCAGCUGCCUGCGUAGGGCUGGCACGCAUGGAGGAGACACUGCGCAGGGACCAUGACAACGCCCGGCGCUUCGCCCAAGCUGUCCAGGCACUGGGCUCCCCCGUCUGCUCUGUCAACCCCGCGGUUGUGGAGACCAACGUGGUGCUGCUGUGCGUGGGCGAGGGCUGGCCAUCCCCCACGGAGCUGUGCGCACGUCUGGAGGCCGUGAGCGCCGAGGAGGAGGCCGAGACGGGCCGUGCUGUCAGCCUGCGCCUCCUGCCCUGGUCAGCCCGCUGCCUGCGUGCUGUAUGGCACCGCGAUGUCUCUGCCGAGGACACCGAGCUGGCCAUGGACAAGCUGAGGUUCGUGGCAGAGAAGUGCCGGCAGGAGCGUGAGGCUGUGUCCUAGCCCAGGGGGCCACGAGAUGGGAACACUGCAGCUCCCCCAUGCCCUGCACAGCUAGGACAGACCCCACAGACAGACCUGGAACCAGCAGGGCGAUGCCAUGUGCUCUGGCACAGCCCCAGCAGGGUGCUGGGUGGCUGAGCUCUAAGCGAUGCCCCCGGGGGCUGCAGAGACCCCCGCCCGUCUGCAGGAGCUGAAUAAAGGACAAGGCCCCAGCUCCAGCCUGUGUCCCCCGCUCCCCCAGGGAGGGGCGAGGGGACCUGGGCAGGGGGUGGCCCACAGACAGAUGGAUGUGAUGAGACAGACGAGCCUUUUAUUCAAGCACGACACUGUUGCGGGGGCAGGGCAGGCGUGGGCCAGAGGCCCUGGAAGCAGAGGGCAGCUAAAGCCCCAGCAGCACGUGGCAGGAGGGGGGGGGGCACGGGCACAGCGGGCUCAGGAUGGGGCCGGCUGCCGCAGGAGCUGCCUGGCACUGGGCCAGCAGCCCCCUCCCCUGCCGUGCUCCUCUCCAGCCCCACAGGGUUUGUCAGGCUGCACCGGGCAGGGGGAGCAGGGUCUCCUGUCUGGGCAGGCACCGACCCAUAGGGGCAGGGGGAGCCCAGCUGGAGGCCUGGCUUGCAGCCCCCUCCUUUCAGCGGGGCAGCCCUGCUGGAUCCACGGCACUGUGGCC